AUGGCUCGACGCUUUGCCGCGGCAAUGUCUUCAUUUGCCAAUGGCCACCACAAUGCACCGUCCUUCCUCGUUCCGGCCCAGCGAUACCCCGAGCUCCGCUUGAUCGUCCAGGAGUUGCCGAGUGUGGUCGACGGCGCAGCGGAGAGUCUGCCAAAUGACGUGCGGGAUAGAGUGGAAUUUCAGGCGCACGACUUCUUCACGCCGCAACCUAUCCAGGCCAAUGCGUACCUUUUCCGGAACAUCUCCCACAACUGA